GAUUGUAAAGCGAAGAAGAAGAAGAGUAAGGGAAAAAAAGUACGUCGACCAUUAGAAAAUUGUGCGAUUGUCAUUGUUGUAUAAACAUUUCUCUUGUUCUGUGGUGUGUGCGUUUUUUAUUAGGUCUCCGCUAAAGAAAUUUUGUUUGUUUUCCUUUUAAUUUGCAUUCAUUUUGCGUUACACUGUUCGAAUAACUCGUAAAUAAACUUAUUUUUGGUGAAAAUUUGUGGAUUUAUUCGCGUUUUCAUUCACAUUCAGUUUUUGUCCGUAGCGGAGAAGCACACUGACCACACGUAGUUGACAUUUUAGUUGAUUUGAGUUUUUUUUUAUUGCAAACUAAUUAGCCGAGAUCUAGUGGACUUUGAACCGUUUACUCAGUUGACCAUUUUUUUUCAAGAUGAACAAAGGACGUUUUUAUGAUGAGAUGGAUAUUCAAGCGGUCGAAUCGAAAUUGAACGAUGUCACAGUGACAGCAAUUCCAAUGUCAAGUGUAGCUAAUAAACAACAGUAUGGUCAUCAUCAUCCAAAUUCGAAUUCAACAUCGUCGUCACAUUAUCAGUCGUCAAAAUCGCAGAAAAAUCAAAACAAUCAAUACCUAACUUAUCAACAAAAUCAACUCAUUCAAUCGGCUAUCCAACUAGUACAACAACAACAAUUGCAGCAACAGCAACAACAACAGCAACAGCAGCAGCAACAACAACAACAACGCCAAAGACAACAACACCAAGAACGGGAGCGUGAGCGCGAACGAGAACGAGAACGUGAACUGAUGUUGGAAAAUGGCAAUUUCAAUCGAUUGAUUUCAGCUACUCCGCCAGCAUCUCAAUUGUACAGUGGCUAUGGCCAAAGCAGUAACGGCCUGGGAUUGACUCAAACAACAUCGACGUCACAAGGUUCGGGUUUGUCGAAGUAUGCGCAGUUGUUGGCUGUGAUCGAGGAGAUGGGCAGAGACAUCCGACCAACAUAUGCAAUGGGUCGAGGUGAUCGAUUGAAACGAUUGAUUAUUCAAGCAAAGGUUUUGGUUCGCGAAUGUUUGAUGGAAACGGAGAGAUCAGCGCGACAAUAAAAAAAAACAUGUGUGUAUACGGAAAACAAGACUAUCGCUAAACGAAUCGGCGUGUAAGAGUGGUUUAGAUUCGGAGUUGAGCUGUUUUUUUUAGCACCAUUGAGUACUUAUAGGUCAUACAUAGUUACAAUUUACAGACACAAAAUGAUUUAACGGAAUGAAAUUGCAAACGUGCCGAUAUAGCAAAGGCUUUCCAUUUCAGAAUCAGAUCGUUCACAAUCACGUAUAUUUUUGGAUGAAAAACGAGACAAAAAAAACAUGUUUUUACCGUUUCACAAUCAACGUGCACUUUUUUUUUAUAAAGAAUUAUUACACCGUCCUAGUACAUAGGAUUGAUAGAACAUUCAAAGAGCAGACAACGAUGACAUUUUUGGUCGUCACCAAUAUAGUUCAAUAUUAGUUCGUCAUUUUUUUUUUGUAAUAUUUGUUACCAAAUCAAUUGUAUUUUGUGCACGUUUCCAGUUUGGUGAUUCAUUGCAUCAGACUGAUGCUAUCAGUUUGCAACUCAUUUUGUUCUUCGACUCACGGAACAGCAUCGCCGCGAUACGUAUGUGACUCUGAGAGUAAAAAUUCAUUUUGUCUUUUAUACAUCGAUGUACAGCGAUUUUUAUCUUUUUAUAAGUGCUCAUGAUGCGUGUCACUGGGGUAAAUAGCAUAGGUGACUUGAGUGAAAUUCGAUAUUUCGACAAGAACUCCAACAUUAUCCAAUAGAAUAUCUCCCUAUCUUUCACAAAUAACACGCAAAUUACAAAUUGAUAAAAAGACAAAAAUCGAUCGAUAACGGUUUUGCUACCAGGGUCACAUAAUUAGUUAAAUCUCUUUAUUUUUGAAUAUUGUACACAAAAAAGAAGCAAAACGAAUGAAUGCAAACAACACAAAACGGAACAAUUGUAUAGAAGUAAUUGUUUUACAUAUUUUUUGUAAUUUGUAACUGAAUAAAAGAAAUAGACUCUAUUUAGCCGGGAGUAACUGGAAA